AGGUGAAGCCAGGUGGAGAAAGAAUUUGAAAAAGAACAGAAAUGAGAAAGUAAAGUGGAAUAUGCCAUAAACUUUGAAGACCAUGUACUGAUUCUGUUGUCAACAGCAUAGGGUGAAGUGAAGAAUCUUGUGACAAACAAAUCAAAAUGGCAAAUAUCAGUAAUGUUCCAAUUUGGGAUGAUUUAGAAGUGACUGAGGAAAAAUUUAUAUCUACUUGCGGGGAAGAUAACACUACAUGGGCAAGUUGUAUACAUGACAAUUUCUAUCCACUAUCUCCACCAAGUCAACGGGAAAUUAUAACAGAGACAAUAAGACGUCUAGUGGUCCCAAGUGUGUAUGGCCUUAUAGUAGCAAUGGGGCUAGUAGGCAAUAGCCUUGUCAUCUAUGUUAUAAUCACCAAGAUGAGAAAGGGUACAAUGUUGAAUAUACUACUCCUUAAUUUAGCUGUAUCCGAUUUGUUGUUAACAAUAUUCUGUAUGCCCCUUGAUGCCAUAAACUUGGUACUGAUGUCCUGGCUGGUUGGAGGAGACUUUGGCUGUAAAUUGAUGCACUACAUGCGCUAUGUAUCUGUAUAUCUGUCUACUUUCUCCCUCCUUUUAGUAUCAUUUAUGAGAUACCUAACUAUUGUUCACUCACGGGAGUUUGCCAGAUAUAAGACGACAAGGAAUGCUAUUAAAGUGGCAAUAAUAACCUGGGUAUUGGUACUGCUCUUUAACAUACCACUAUUGACAACAUACCAAGUUAAUGGAGAGGGAGACGAAGCCAUGUGCAACUUUAAUAAUGAGGAACGCUUGAGUCAUAUCUAUUACACAAUGCUCACGAUCGCAUAUUUGAUCCCAGUUGUUCUGAUUUGUGUGAUACAUAUGCUAAUAAUCAAACACUUGAACAAGCAUGGGGCAAGUGCUAUAAGCCAAAGCUCACAAGAAAGGAAGCGCAAUGCCACAAGACUUAUUAUUGUAACUGUUGUGGCAUUUGCCAUCUGUUGGCUGCCAUUUCAUAUGUUUCAAAUUGCUUCAUUUGCAUUCGAUAUACAUAAAAAUAAUGAUGCAACAAUCAGAACCUUUUUGAACAUAAGUGAGGUAUUCACGAUGUGCCUCGCGUAUUUGAAUUCAUGUAUCAACCCUUUCAUCUACAACUUUGUAUCUAAAGACUUCAGGAAGUCAUUCAAGAAAAGUCUUUGUUGUGUCCGUGCCUCUCCUUGUUGUGCUUCCGAGGAGGAACCGACUUUUAUGUCCUUAGCCACACAGCAUUCUUCAAUCCCUCUGAAUAAUAUUGACAAUGGCAACAACCAAGUGGUGGUUGUCUGUAGGCCUCAAAAUCAGAUGGAUGAGGAUAGUGACAGUGAAAAGUGUUAAAAGACUGAUGGUAUCUGUGGGAACAUAUAUCAAUACAAAAUGCAACAUUAUAUUGGGAUAAUGGAAAAAUGUUGGUUGGUGAUGUGUGUGUUGUAUGUUGUAUAUUAUUCAUGUACAUACACAUGAUGCACUGCUUUGAAGCAGAAUGUGAAUGUUUUUCAUAUUGUAAACAAAUGUGUAUAAAGGAAAUAAGAUACAUAUUGACAGAAUGUGUCAUAGAUGACAGAAUGUGUCAUCUUGUGACUUAUAUAUAGACGUGAUUCAUGGAUGUGUCCUAUUGUGACUUAUGCAUAGACGUGAUUCAUGGAUGUGUCAUCUUGUGACUUAUACAUAGACGCGAUUCAUGAAUGUGUCAUCUAAUGACUUAUAUAAAGAUGCGAUUCAUGGAUGUGUCAGCUUGUGACUUAUAUAUAGACGCGAUUCAUGGAUGUGUCAUCUUGUGACUUAUAUAUAGACGCGAUUCAUGAAUGUGUCAUCUAAUGACUUAUAUAUAGGCGCGAUUCAUGGAUGUGUCAACUUGU